AUGGCAAAUCCAAACUCGAGAACUCUGAAAAUCGAGAAGGUGGUUCAGGACGAUAUUCCUACACUCACCGAAAUCUGGUUUGCAGCAUUUACUGACCCGGGAAUACGACGUGUUUGGCCUGAUACUCCCGCUGUCCGAAAAUGGUGGACCGACGCCAACCACCACGAUCUCCUUCACAAACCGUUUCAACACUACAUUAAAGUCGUCGACCCGGAAACCCGCGACGUCACGAGUAAACCACGUAUAGCCGCUUUCGCCAAGUGGGAUACUUCUAUGCCACAAGAGCGGGGUCGUCGAUAUCCGCCGUGGACUGGGGACCAACCUGACCAAAUCUGCGACGAGUUCAUUGCCAAGGAAGAGCGAGAGAGACUGCGAGUCAUGGAUAACGAAAGGCAUUACUACCUUGAUACCCUCGUCACUCACCCAGACUACCAGCGGCGCGGGGCAGGUUCUUUGCUUAUGAGAUGGGGCUGUAAUCUGGCGGAUAGGGAUGAGGUUGCAGUGUAUGUGGAUGCUAGUAAGUCGGGUUCUGCCUUAUAUCAACGAUUUGGGUUCACGGACCAGAGCCUACCGAAUUCCGCAGACGUUGCUUCAAUGGCGAGACCACGAGGCGGUAUCCAGGACAGGGCUCUUUGA